AUGGCAUCUAGCCGUACCCAGGAUAAUCACAAGCUGUACAAGCAGAAACUGGAGGAGCUAACCAAGCUCCAGGACGGGAUCUCCAGCUCCAUCGCACGGCAGAAGAAGCGGUUGAAGGAGCUGUCGCUGUCCCUCAAGAAAUGCAAACCCCACCUGAGUCCCGAACAGGAAGAGUCCGUCCAAGAGACCCAGAGCCUAAUAAAAGAGAGGCAGAACGUUUUCUUUGAGAUGGAGGCCUAUCUGCCGAAGAAGAACGGGUAA